AUGCCGAUAAAUCGGCAAAUCUGGCAACAGUGCCCACAAGCAUGGUUCAUUCAGACUGAAAUACAAUUCAAUAUAAAACUAAUAACAGAUGAUACCACAAAGUAUCAACAUGUUAUUGUAGCACUUCCACAGGAAGUUAUCAUUAAGAUAUUAGACGUUUUACAAAAACCACCUACUUUAAAUAAAUAUGAGUUUCUUAAAAAUGCCUUAUGCGAACGAUUUUCCCUUAGUGAAGAAAAGAGACUUGAACAAUUAUUUUCUGAUAAACAGAUUGGUGAUCGUAGACCUUCAGAAUUUUAUAGAGAUAUGUCUAAUGUAGCCGGAUCAGUUUCAUUAAUAGGAAAUGAUCUUCUUUAUAAACUUUGGUUACGCAAACUUCCAAAGGAACUACAAGUCCAUUUAACAUCUUCGAAUUUAGAAAAUUUAGAUGACAAAAUCAAGCUUGCUGAUAAAAUUUGGGAUGUUUUGAGUAAGAAUCAAAUAUAUCAAAUUAGUUCCAAUUGUAAUAAUCAAGAUAUAAUUCAGCAAUUUUCAACUAUUACAUCUCAAAUUUGUCAAAAUUUAGAUAAAUUGAGCUUAGAGGUUUCAGAGCUUAGAUCAUCUAGACAAAGAAAUAUGAGUUAUCCCAACUACCGAAGGAAAUCUAGAAGUAGAUCACGUCAAAAGUUUGAAAAAUAUUCAGAUCCUUAUAUUCAGGGAGAAGGAAAAAAAUGGCUGAAAAUACAGGGUUCCAGAAAAUGUAAAAGAAAAGGCUUCAAUUACUCAACAACAAGAUAUCUACAUCAACAACGACGACAGCAACAAAUGUGA